UUCCUCUUGCUUGUUACAUUUCCUUAAUUUUGGCUACAUUUUUAAGCCUUUGACUAGCUUACCGGCAAAUAUAUCAUUCCAGCUAACUCAAGAUGAGGAAGUCAGAACUAUUUAUUUAGCAGUUUACUUUCGGUUUGCUACUAAAAUGCUCAAUAGGAAAUAAAAGAAAAAUGACUGUGACUCAGCUCUUUCUGCAGAUGUGUCUCCUCUGGCUAGCAGCCAACCACGUAGUUUUUUUUCCUACCUACUACUUUAACCGCAGGCACCAUCACACGCUGAAACUAUCCCGCCCAUAAGCGUCAGUGAUUCAAAUUGCAGCCGAGGCAGAGGGAGAGAAAGCAGCAAGCCGGGCUGAGCACACUCACACACUCCGAGCAGACAGGCUGGCAGAGCAGCACGGAGCGAGUCACUCGCUGGAGAUUCUUCACGCUGUCUUUUUUUUUUUUUUUUUUUUUUUUUUGGGGUGGGUGGGGAGGAAAUUUUACUUACAUGCGGACAACCGCGGAGCCCCCCAGGAUCUAACGAUGUGGACAGAGGUCGGAAAGCUCGUGCUAUUACAUCUGUUACUCCUGGACCUCCAUUGCGCUAAAGGAACUCACACGCAGUCAGAGUGUGAGACCGGGCAGUUUCAAUGCAAGAGCGGAGCGUGCGUCCCGAUCGUGUGGAGAUGUGAUGGAGAUGAUGACUGCCCCGACAGCAGCGAUGAGGAGAAUUGUCCGAAGAAGACGUGCGCAGCCACAGAUUUCACCUGUAAGAAUGGACAGUGUCUUCCUGCUAGGUGGCGCUGUGACGGAGAAGUAGAGUGCGCAGACGGUUCAGAUGAAGCCGAUUCAAUCUGCAGCCGACAGACCUGUCCUCCAGAGAAGUUUGAUUGCGGAGGGGCUGCCAGCAAAUGUGUUUCAUUGUCAUGGCGAUGCGACGGAGAGAGGGACUGCGAGAACGGGGCAGAUGAGGAGCAGUGCGCCGCGGAUGGCAAGGCCUGCCCCUCCAAAGACUUCCAGUGUCGUAACGGGAAAUGUGUGGCACCGAUCUUUGUGUGUGACGGAGACGACGACUGCGGGGACGCCAGCGAUGAGGAGAAAUGUUCAGCUCCCACCUGUGGGCAGCAUGAAUUCCGCUGCAACGACUCGGAGUGCAUCCCUGCCCUGUGGAGCUGUGACGGCGACCCCGACUGCAAGGACAAGUCAGACGAGUCCAUGGAGCGCUGCAGCCGGAGGACGGAGCCCCAGAAACCCCGCUGUCUGGUGAGCGAGUUCCAGUGCGGGAGCGGCGAGUGUGUCCAUUUGAACUGGAAGUGUGACGGCGACCCCGACUGCAAGGAUAAAUCAGAUGAAGCAAACUGUCCACUGCUUACGUGCAGACCUGAUGAGUUCCAGUGUGGCGAUGGCUCCUGUAUUCACGGCACCAAGCAGUGUAAUAAAGUUCACGACUGUCCGGACUACAGUGAUGAAGCAGGUUGUGUCAACGUUACAAAAUGCGACGGGCCCAAAAAGUUCCGCUGUAAGAACGGGGAGUGUAUCGACAGCAGCAAGGUGUGCGAUAACGUGAAAGACUGCAAGGACUGGUCAGAUGAACCUGUGGAGUGUGGCCUGAAUGAGUGUGCAGACAACAACGGUGGCUGCUCCCACAUCUGCAAGGACCAGAGAAUUGGUUAUGAGUGUGACUGCCCCUCUGGCUACAAACUCCUGGAUAAAAAGACGUGUGGAGACAUAGACGAAUGUGAGAACCCAGAUGCCUGCAGUCAGAUCUGCAUCAACUACAAAGGGGAUUACAAGUGUGAGUGCUAUGAAGGUUAUGAGAUGGACCCUGCCUCUAAGACCUGCAAAGCCGUAGGAAAGAGUCCGUACCUGCUGUUCACUAACCGUCAUGAAAUCCGUCGUAUUCACCCGCUGAAGAGUGAGUACACACAAGUGGUCCCUACACUGAAGAAUGCCGUGGCCCUGGAUGUGGAUGUGUCCACCAACAAGAUGUUCUGGUGUGAUCUGUAUCAUCAGAAAAUAUACAGCGCUUACAUCAACAAGGCCAGUGACUCAUCACAGCAGGUGACGCUCAUCGAUUCGCUCCACUCCCCGGAGGGCCUUGCUGUCGACUGGGUCCACAAGAACAUCUACUGGACGGACUCAGGCAAUAAGAGCAUAUCUGUCGCUACGGGAGAUGGCAGGAAAAGGAAAAUGCUCAUAACCACCGAGCUGAACGAGCCACGAGCCAUCGCUGUGGAUCCGCACCAAGGGUUUAUGUACUGGUCAGACUGGGGAGGUCAGGCCAAAAUUGAGAAGGCUGGGAUGAAUGGAGUGGAUAGACAAAUUUUGGUGUCUGAACACAUUGAAUGGCCCAAUGGAAUAACUCUAGACUUGUCCAACAGACGACUUUACUGGGUGGACUCCAAGCUGCACCUGCUGUCCAGCGUGGAUUUCAAUGGUGACAACCGCAAAGUGCUGCUCUCCUCGCAUCACCACCUGGGCCAUCCCUUUGCCCUCACUGUCUUUGAGGAUCGCGUGUAUUGGACAGACUUGGAAGAUGAAGCGAUAUACAGCGCCAACCGACUGACGGGACACGAUGUGGCCAAGGUCGCAGAGGACCUUAACAACCUGGACCUGGUGGUGUUUCAUGAACAGAGGCAGCCCAAGGGUCCUGAUACCUGUAAUAUGGGCACACUGCCUAAUGGUGGCUGCGAGUUCUGCCUGAAGGCGCCUCAGAUCACAGACCACUCCCCCAAGUACACCUGCGCCUGUCCUGACGGCAUGGAGCUAGGACCAGACAUGAGACGCUGCGCGAUCAGUAAGUCUACAUUCCACAGGCACACCUGAAUGAAUGAUUCGUGUGGAUAAAUGUCACAU